ACCGGAUGUUUCUUUAAUAAACCUGAAGCUAGCUCUGAGGUUAGCCACGUCAUGUAAACUUAGCAGUAAAGCAGCUGACUGAUAGGCAGUGAAGCUCGUAGUUUUAGGAAGAUUUGAAUUAUUUGCGAGGAGAGGUUUUUAUUUCCAAAUUUUAAGUUGGCUUUAGGCUUAUGGAAAGAUGUCGGACAUCGGGGACUGGUUCCGAAGCAUCCCUUUAAUCACCCGGUACUGGUUCUCGGCUUCGAUUGCUCUCCCUUUGAUUGGAAGACUAGGACUGAUUGAUGCCAGAAACCUCGUGCUGUUUUCGGAGCUGGUGUUUACCAGAUUUCAGAUCUGGAGACCAGUGACCGCCACCUUUUAUUUCCCCAUCUACCAGAGCACUGGAUUUUUGUACUUGAUUAACCUUUAUCUCCUCUAUCAUUACUCCACUCGGUUAGAGACAGGAGCAUUUGAUGGCAGACCUGCAGAUUAUGUUUUCAUGCUUCUCUUCAACUGGAUCUGCAUUGUUAUAACUGGACUGCUGAUGGACAUGCAGCUGCUGAUGAUCCCAAUGAUCAUGUCAGCUUUGUACGUCUGGGCUCAGUUCAACAAAGACGUGAUUGUGUCUUUCUGGUUUGGGACACGUUUUAAGGCACAUUAUCUACCUUGGGUCAUCCUGGCUUUCAACUUCAUCAUCGGAGGCUCUUUUGUCAACGAGCUGACUGGAAACUUGGUGGGCCACCUCUACUUCUUCCUCAUGUUCAAAUACCCCAGGGACCUGGGGGGACGCUCCUUCCUCUCCACACCAGAGUUCUUGUAUCGAUUCUUCCCUAACACGAGAGGAGUAUCAGGCUUUGGAGCUCYUCCUCCGAGGAGGCCGGCUCCUCAGGAGAACGCAGGAGGAGGACAGCGUCACAACUGGGGCCAAGGCUAUCGCCUGGGGGAAUAAAUGAGAGAACUGCCCCCACUUAGCUCCUACUAACAAAUGGCUGGGCUCAAAUUCAUGCUUCCUUGAGCUGUUUUCUGUUUGGAGAAGGAGAAAAAAAUCUUUUGUCUGGAUGUGAAAUGAUUUAUUUUCUGUAAYACAUGGCCUCCAUUUUCUUUCUUUUCUUGAUUUCCCGCUCUCUUCUGUUUGUUUUUGUCCACAACCUGCCAUUGGACUGUAAAGAUGUUGCAACUGCACGCCAGCAUCCUGUUGAAUUUAUUUUUAGUAUUUUUUUUUACUCCCCCCCCUCAGAUACUGUAACAGAUUUCAUUACUUGCAGGUAGCGAGGGCUCAGUCAGCCAUCCCUCAGCACAUCCAGCACUCUGACUUUCAUCAGUGUGAAAUGAUUUUUGAGCCUCUGUGGCMUCAGAGCUGAUUUUAAGAAAACUAAGAUGAAGAUGGAGGGUUGUGUUUUUUUGUAAAUACAGUUUAUUGAAAGAGUGAGUGUGUGUCUGUUUGGUCAGCAGCAAAUGAUUGUAGAACAUGAAGAGCAGGAGGGGCUUAGAGUGGUCUGGGUGGUUAUAACUCAAAUAUUGACUGACAUGAUCCUCUCUGGGUUUGAGAUKCAAAUGAGUUCUGAUUCUCAGUUUUGUUUCUGCAAAGUGAUCAGAUAUGAGAACUGAAAAAUAUUUAACCACAUUUUUAAACUUUCAGAACUUCUGCAUCCAAGAAGUAAUAAAAAAUCCAAGAAUUUUUCAUUUAUUUAUUUUUUUUAGCAGACGAUUAUCAGAUUAUGUAAUAUGUAAAGUUACAGAUUUGAUUAACAGGAUGAAGAACACAAACCUAAUUUCUGAAUUUUGGUUGUCAUAUCUUUUCUGAGCCUCGGCUUUGAGUGACGUUUGAAUCAUUUGUGCAGCAUCUUGACUAAAAAUUUAAACCAUCUGCAA